UCUCUAAUGAGGGUGUAUAAAAAGUUGUGUUGCAGUUUGUUGUAUAUUAUUUUUGAGCAAAAGAAUGGAUAAUUCGAAUGGAAUCCACUAUAUUGAGCUAUCCCCCAAUCCCAUACGAUUCGAUGCUGUGAGCCAGCUAACAAAUGUGUUUUUCGAUGACUCCAACAAGCAGAUAUUUGCUGUUCGUUCUGGCGGAGCGACGGGUGUGGUGGUGAAGGGACCCGGAGCCACCGAGGACACCGUCAUCUCCUUCUGCAUGAAUGACCGCGGCGGAGCUAUACGUUCCAUUAAAUUCUCGCCGGACAAUCAAGUCCUGGCCGUUCAGCGAAAGGAAAAUGCCGUGGAGUUCAUAUGUUUUCAGGGGGAUCAACCUCAGCUGCAGGAGAUCAUCACCCACCAGGUGAAGACCAUGAUCCAUGGCUUCGUGUGGGUCCACAAUCGAGAGGUGGCUUUGAUUUCCAACACAGGUGUUGAAGUCUACACCGUAGUUCCGGAAAAGCGACAGGUGCGCUCUGUAAAAUCCCUAAGCAUUGGGAUCAAGUGGUUCGCCUGGUGCUGUGAUGCCAAUGUGGCUCUGCUCUGCACCACCGAGGGAAACUCCCUGAUUCCGGUCCUGGUCAAGCAGAAGGUCAUUACCAAGCUGCCCAAAGUGGACUUGGGCAGUCCAAGUCGAGAUGUCCAGGAGAGCAAGGUAACCUUGGGCCAAGUGUACGGCGUGCUGGCCGUGCUUAUUCUGCAGUCAAAUAGCAGCUCUGGGCAGAUGGAAGUGGAGGUGCACCUACUCAAUGGACCUGGUUUGGCGCCGCGCAAGUGCCAUGUCCUUCGCUUGAGUCUUGUGGGUCGUUUCGCCAUCAACACGGUGGAUAAUCUGAUUGUGGUGCACCACCAGGCUUCGGGCACGUCGCUGCUAUUCGACAUUUCCCUUCCGGGCGAGGUGAUUAAUGAAAUAACCUACCAUACGCCCGUAACCCCAGGACGCUCCAUUAAACCUUUUGGCCUGAAGCUACCCUCGCUAUCGCCCGAUGGACAAAUCUUGCAGUGCGAGUUGUAUUCCACCCACUGGGUACUGUUCCAGCCGAAUAUUGUGAUCGAUGCCAAGUUGGGCUGCAUGUGGUUCUUGAAUCUCUGCAUAGAACCUUUGUGCCAACUUAUUGCCGAUCGCAUUCGACUUACGGAGUUUUUGCUGCAGCGCAGCAGUGGCAAACAAAUGCUGUUAAAGGUUGUGGGCCAGUUGGUUGAUGAUCAGUAUAAGGGAACGCUUCUGCCAGUGCUAGAGACCAUCUUCAGCAGGAUUAACAAGAUAUAUGCCUCCUGGGUUCAGUUGGAACUGCAAAAUCAAACCGCUCAGCCCUCGAAUGUUAAGACUUCCACCUUAAAACAAAGCACACCGCCCAUUGUGCUUAUCGAGCAAAUCGAUAUGGUACAGAUCUUUCAGCGGAUUGCUCGUCGGCCGUACACGGAAUCAAUUCUGAUGCUAUACUUGCAAUCCCUAAACAAGUUUAACAUUGCCGCCCAAGAGGAGCUGAGCAAGAUGAUCAUCAGCGAGCUGAUCAACAAUCGCAGCUUCGACACUUUGCGGCGCUUGGUCAGCUAUUCAAUGCUGCUGGAAUCCAAGUCGGUGGCUUGUUUUCUGCUGGCCCAUUCGGAUGUGGAUACGGCCAUAUCCCAGGUGGCCAUUGAUAUGCUGGGCAGGAUUCAGGCACAUGAGAUCAUAAUUGAAGUUAUGCUGGGUCAGGGCAAAAUAAUUGAUGCCCUGCGACUGGCUAAAAACUCGCUGGGACUGGAUAAAGUGCCAGCUCGCAAGUUUCUGGAGGCGGCUCACAAGACAAAAGAUGAUCUCAUCUUUCACAGCGUUUUCAGAUUCUUCCAAAUGAGAAACAUGAAACUGUAUGAGACCUUAUCUUUUCCCAAGGCUGAACAAUGCACGGAGUUUAUACAGCAUUAUAACAACACUUUUCCUGCGGAUAAUCCUGCCAGAACUCCAAUAAGUUAGGGACAAGGGGAGAAAUUUGUAAUUUGUGAUUAUUGUAGUUAAAAGUGUGCUUGAAAAGUAUGCAUAUACUUUUGUAUUAUCUAUAUUUCUAUGUAAAUUAUAGCUUUUGAAUUCAUUAAUUAUUUUAUACAAAAAUAAACUAUUGACUCAACCAAUAA